AUGAAUGGAUGGAAGGAAUGUAGGUGGGUAAAAGGAAGGACACAUGGAUGGAUGGUUGGGUGGCUGAGUGAAUGCAUGGACAGUUGGCUGGAUGGAUAGACAGAUGGAUGAACACAGAUGGAUGGACAGCAAAACUGACCUCAUCACCACGUGUUUCUGAACCCCACUGCACACGCUGCCGUGAGAGAUGAGCAAAAACCGAAAGCAGGAUGUUACGAGGUGGUGAACCCUCACUCAGCCUGGGGCUAACCCCUGAAUAACCAGGGCAUGAGCCUCAUGCCGCGACUCACCUGCUGCGCGGCCACCUCAGCUCCCCGGGGGCCACACAGGUGUUCACGGGGAGCCCGGAUGAGGCGUCACGGCUGACUCAGGUCCCCGUCAGCAUCGGCAACCGGGCUCUGCCUGGGCCUGUACGAGCAAGGAGCUCCCUGCGGGCCUCAGCUCCUCCUUUUCCUCCUCCUCCUCCUCCGGGAGAGGGAGGACGGAGGGAGGAGGCCCCAUCCGUGCCUCCCCGCCAGCGCUGCGUGCCGGGGCAGAGCCGCGUGCGAGCGGGGAGCGCGGGACGCCAUGGCCGAGCGGCUGUCGGAGGAGCAGAUCGCCGAGUUCAAGGAGGCUUUUUCCCUUUUCGACCGGGACGGCGACGGCUGCAUCACCACCAAGGAGCUGGGCACCGUCAUGCGCUCGCUGGGGCAGAACCCCACCGAGGCGGAGCUGCAGGACAUGGUGGGCGAGGUGGACGCCGACGGCAGCGGCACCAUCGACUUCCCCGAGUUCCUCUCGCUGAUGGCGAGGAAGAUGAGGGACUCGGACAGCGAGGAGGAGAUCCGCGAGGCCUUCCGCGUCUUCGACAAGGACGGCAACGGCUACAUCAGCGCGGCGGAGCUGCGGCACGUCAUGACCAACCUGGGCGAGAAGCUGACGGACGAGGAGGUGGACGAGAUGAUCAAGGAGGCUGACUGCAACAACGACGGGCAGGUCAACUACGAGGAGUUCGUGAGGAUGAUGACGGAGAAGUGACCUUCAUCCCCGGCCUGCAGGGAACCGAGGCCGUAGUGGCCCCCAGCCCCUCCAUCCCCUCACUGCCUUCUCUCCACCGUCCUGGGCUGGAAAAUCAUCCUUUAUCCCAGCCGGAGCAUCGCCAGCCAGCGUCUGCGUCGGAUGCGGGCAUCCCACCCCAGCGGGACAGGGCUCGGGGAUGCUGCUUCUCUCCCGGGAUGCUGAUGGACAUGGGGGUGUCCCUCCUGCUCCCCCCCCCCAAGAUGCACCCCCUGCAUCUGUAGAGGGGACAGUGGCCACCGCGUGUCCCCCAGUACCACGCCGAGCCCAAUAAAAUAUCCUCCCCAUGUC